AUGGACGGCGUCGAUGCCACCGAUCGCAGCGGUGACCACUCAGAAGUCGAACCGCCUGCCCUGCUGACCAUCAUCCUCGACACCAACCCGCACGCCUGGGCCUUGCUGGAAAAGUCGUUGCCGCUGUCCAAGGUCGUGGCGAAUCUCCUUGUCUUCAUCAACGCCCAUAUCGCCAUCAACCAUGCCAACCGCGUGGCGGUAUUGGCCAGCCAUGCUGAGCGCGCUGAAUUCCUCUACCCAACACCAGCUCGAGCACAGUCCGCGGCAUCACAUGCCAACGGGGCAGGAGACGGCGACGUGAGCAUGACCGACGGCAAUUCCAUGGGACGAGGGGGUCCAGUCCAGGCGCCCGACGAUGCGAACAAGUACCGCCCGUUCGCCCACAUCGAGCACGCUCUUACCAGCAAUCUGCGUGAUCUGAUGAGCCGCACCACUCCAGCUGCAUUAUCUUCAACUCCGGCCACAAUGAUGGCCGGUGCCUUGACGAUGGCACUGACCUACAUCUCCAAGCAGUCUGCUGCGCUUCCCAUGGGAAACACGACGUCACAAUUCAACUACUCCGACCCAAGCGCCAUGGCGGGUGGGAACGAUUUCUCUUCCGACGGCACAAGAUCGAGCGGGGCCAUGGGCCUGACUUCACGCAUCCUUAUUCUGUCAGUGUCCGGCGACCUAGCAAAUCAAUACAUUCCCGUGAUGAAUUCGAUCUUUGCGUGCCAGCGACUGAGCAUACCGAUCGACAUCCUCAAGCUGGCUGGCGACACAGUCUUCCUUCAACAGGCAGCUGAUGCGACAGGCGGCGUUUAUAUGGCGCUGGACAAUGAGACUCGAGCUGGCUUCUUACAAUACCUCAUGUUUGCAUACCUUCCGGAUCAGACUGCGCGAGACCACUUGAUCAUGCCAGGCGAGGGUGAGGGUGUGGACUUUCGUGCGGCAUGUUUCUGUCAUCGACGAGUCGUUGACAUUGGCUUCGUCUGCUCGAUCUGUUUGAGCAUCUUUUGCGAACCAUUGCAUGACAGUACAUGCUUGACUUGCGGGAGUCACCUCACCAUGGCAAAUUAUGGUCAAAAGCCAGCCGUGGUCCCUAAGAAGAAGAAAAAGAAGAAGCGACCUAUCGAUGGCGCUGCGACUCCAGACAGUCGAGCUGGCACUCCAUUACCGUCUUGA